AUGCCCCGGAUCGCCAUGUGCAGGCCGCGCGCAUCGUACCAGGAGGAAAGCGGCGCGGACGCCAAGCUUGGAGGUGACCACGCCGCCCAGGCUGGAGGCCACCGCCCCCGUCAGCGACCAGGCAAAGGUGUCCAUGGUGCUGGCGGCAGGCAGGUCCCGGGGCGCCACCAGCACGGGCAUCAGCGCAGUGCGGGCCGGGGUGUAGAAGGCCACGCACGUGAACUGGAGGGAGAGCAGGGCGUAGAGGCGCGGCGUGUGCUCCCGCGAGGUGACGGUCACCAGGGCAGAGACCACGGCGCAGGAGAGCAGGGAGGUGGCGAUCAAGAUGCCCACCCGGUUGAACCUGUGGAGGGUGGGUGGGGAGGUUGGUCGAGGGGGGCUCGGCCGGGGACAAGUGGUCAGGCAGACAGGGUGGAGCUCAUCCCCCGGCAGGCUCGUGCCUGCGGAGGCACCCACUCGCCUGUCGGCCACCAUGCCCGCGAUGGGUGCCAGGACCAGGGACGGAAGGAAGUGCAGCAGCACCACGCCAGCGAGUGCGAGGCCCGAGCCUUGAGAGUAGGAAUUGACGAGGAUCAAGACGGCCACAUAGCUGCAGGAAGGGGCCGGGGCGGGGGCUGA